GGUUACAGUUUUUACCGUUGGAGGCAGCAGAAGUAACAUUUUACUGAAGGGAGUGCAAAACGUGGUGUGCCUGAGAUAAUCAAGAUCACUUGAAAAUUUUUUUUUUUUAUAUGAACAAGCAGGAAAAUGCAUAUUCAGUACUUACUUAAUUAAAGUUCUGGUGUUUAGCGAUGGAAAACCCACAAAUAAACUUCCCUUUAGGUCUAGUUUCAGACCAAAAAAGGAGUGGGAUCCAAGAGGAUGGGAGUCCUCCAUUAAAAAAAGCAAUGACAGAAAUGCACGUAAAUAGCAAAGUACGAGUUGUAAUAAAUAAAUUGCCAACAAUAAAGAAGGAGAACUUGGAUGAAUAUGAUGAAACGGCUGUGGAGGCUGAUGGGGAAACCGCCAAGCCAAACAGUACUUCACUAUCUGAGCCUUUGAAUUUAAAUCCGGGUUUGAAACACACGUUGGCACAGUUCCACUUGAGCAGCCAGAGUUCGCUGGGUGGACCAGCAGCUUUUUCAGCUCGUUAUUCCCAGGAAAGUAUGUCACCCACUGUCUUCUUGCCUCUUCCAUCACCGCAAAUACUUUCUGGUCCACUUCUCAUUCCUCCAGACAGCUCCACAGAACUCACCCAGACUCUGCUGGAGGGGGAAUCUAUCUCUUGUUUUAAAGUUGGAGGAGAAAAAAGACUUUGCCUUCCUCAAGUGUUGAAUUCGGUUCUCCGAGACUUUUCCUUGCAACAGAUCAAUACAGUGUGUGACGAACUGUAUAUAUACUGCUCAAGGUGCACUUCCGACCAGCUUCAUAUUCUGAAGGUUUUGGGAAUUCUUCCAUUUAACGCUCCGUCCUGUGGGCUAAUUACACUGACUGAUGCUCAGAGACUAUGCAAUGCUUUACUACGUCCUCGCACUUUUCCACAAAAUGGUAGUUUUCUCCCUGGUAAGAACACCUUGGCCCAAUUGAAAGAGACUGGCAGUGCCUUUGAAGUAGAGCAUGAAUGCCUGGGCAAGUGCCAGGGGUUGUUUGCACCUCAGUUCUACCUUGCACCAGAUGACCCGUGUAUCCAGUGUUUAGAGUGCUACGGGAUGUUCUCACCCCAGACGUUUGUGAUGCAUUCACACAGAUCCCCGGACAAGAGGACCUGCCACUGGGGAUUUGAAUCGGCCAAGUGGCACUGCUACUUGCAUAUUAACCAAAAAUACUUAGGAACAUCAGAGGAGCGGGAACUGAAACAUCUCUUGGAGGAAAUGAAGGAGAAAUUUAGCGAGAAAAAUCAGAAAAGAACUCGGUCCAAAGCAGAUUCACAGCAGAGCCUGGAAUUAUCGCAGUGGUAUCCGGUUAUAAAGCAAGAAGCAGAAACUGAUCCGCAGCCAUCCUCCUUUUUCCAUCCCAGUUACUACCUUUAUAUGUGUGAUAAAGUGGUUGCCCCAAACGUAUCUCUUGCAUCACAAUAUAAGGAUGUUGCAAAAUCAACAGUCAAAGCUUCAGAAGUAAUUAAAUCAUCACCUGGACAGUCAGAGAAGAAGCUCAGUAGCGGAAAUCACAAAAAAGCUGCCUCCUAUCCAGAGCUUUCUCUUGAAGAGCAGGAAAAAAUUGACUUGAAAACUGGCAUGGAGCAGCAUAAACAUUUAGAUUCACCUGUACCAACUCGUUCUGCAAGAGGUGGGAAAUCUGAACGUAUUUCUUCCAAACUCACUAGAGACUCUAGCCGUGUUGAAGUAGGUAACGAUGUGCGAACCUUGUCCCCCACUCUCAUGAAAGACAUCAGUUGUGAAGAUGACAAGGGAAGGAUCAUGGAAGAAGUAAUGAAAACCUAUAUCAAACAGCAAGAAAAACUAAACACCAUUUUACGGAGGAAACAGCAGCUUCAAAUGGAAGUGGAAAUGUUAAGCAACUCUAAAGCUAUGAAAGAAUUAACUGAAGAGCAGCAGAAUUUACAAAAAGAACUUGAAUGUUUGCAAACAGAGCAUGCUCAAAGAAUGGAAGAAUUUUAUUUUGAGCAGAGAGACUUGGAGAAGAAACUGGACCAAGUGAUGAAGCAAAAGUGUAGCUGUGACUCCAAUUUAGAAAAAGACAAAGAAGCUGAAUAUGCAGCACAGCUGGCAGAAUUGAGACAGAGAUUGGAUCAUGCAGAGGCAGAUAGACAAGAGCUUCAAGAUGAACUGAGACAAGAACGAGAGGCAAGGGAAAAGUUAGAGAUGAUGAUAAAGGAAUUGAAGCUACAGAUCUUGAAAUCUUCAAAAAAUGGAAAAGGAAAAUAGAAAUUGGAAGAGGAAGCAUGACUGCGUCCUUCAAACAGGGUGUUCUGGUUUUUAAUGAAUUAUGAGCAGUUUCUGUGUGAUAAGAAAAAGUAUUCUCUACAGAUUUCUAUUUCCCAGACAAGUGCAGAUGAAGAUAUACAUAUAUAUAAAUAAAUAGAUAGGGAUACAUUUUUAGAUUUUCCUAACCAAUGAAAAUCUGCGUUUAUUUCUACUGAUGUUUUUCUCAAACGAUGAAAAGUACGAAACUCUUCAUUUAGAGUGACCAGUUUCUGUCUAAUGCAGUCUCGAGGACUCUAUACCUUUUAACAUUGUGUGUUAGAAUGUAUGUGGUGAUCUUUAUUUUGCUAUCAAUUGCACAUCCAGUUAUAAAAGUACAUUAAAAAAAAUCGAUACUCUUCAAGGUGAAAAAUAGUUUGGGUUUCAGUGAGAAUUAUGUGUUCUCCAACUGGGGAGAGGCAAGGCAGCUUUUCACCUGUAAAGUAAUACUCAAAAUUGCCACGUUAAUAGAUGAUUGAUCAUCAAAAGUGAUUUACCAGCGUGAAUUUUUCCCAUCAUUUCAUUGUGUGAAGUCAAGCUGAUCUUUUUGCUAUUUUCUAUUUAACAACUUGUUAUCAACCUAAAGAGUUUUAGAGCCAGCAUUUGCUUGCCAUGCUGGAAGGAAAAAACAUUAGGGUUUUUUUGUAAAUUAAAAAAAUUUACAAUUACAAUGGAAUCUUUGGAGAUUAAAAAUUC